AGCAAAUGCCAAUUUUUUUCAUUUCAAUAAUCUCUGUUUCUGUGUUGGAGCUGCAUUAUCGUCGUCGUUUUCAGAGGCCCUCUCCGCUUCGUCGGUGCGCUUCCAUUUUUUUCUUCCCAAAUCGCAAGGUGUUAUGGCCGGAGAGGACAAUAUUGAAUUCUCAGUUUUAAAUUCUCACAUGACACCAACACAUGUUGAUUUGAAGCAAGAGAUGGAACCGAGCCAGUGUAAAGCGGAUGCUUUGGAAGCAAAACUUUUAGAGGUAAAAUCUUGCAUACAGGAUUCCGAAUUAGAAGCGAAGAAGGAGUUGGACGUACUUUGGCGGAGGGUCAGAACUGCUGCAUCAUUGAUGGCGUACCUGAAAACAAAAGCUAGGGUCAUGGGUGUUCCUCAUUUGGCCAAUAUGACAUGUGGUAUCAAACAACUAGAUGGAGUGGGGCUAGUUGACAGAAAUGGUGUUCCGUUGUCUGGUUGGUCAAAGGAUGUAGAUCUCUCUUCUUCUGAUGAUCCAGAUGAGGAAACGUGGAUUAAGCUUUGUAGUAAUCAAGGUUCUCUUGAUGAACAAGAUGGAGCCUAUAUUAGUGAGUUAUUGCGAAGUGUACAGAUGGUUACGGAUGUUAUGGAGAGUCUCGUUAAGAGGGUUUUAAUGGCUGAAUCGGAAACUGCUGUUGAGAAGGUGAAGGUGACGAUAGGAGAGGAAGAGAUUCGAAAGAAGGCACUCCAAAUCGAAAACAUGUCUGUAAAAUUAGAAGAGAUGGAAAGGUUUGCACUGGGCACGAAUUGUAUCAUAAACGAGAUGCGCCAGAGAGUUGAGGAUCUAGUUGAAGAAACUUCUAGACAGAGACAAAGAGCCUCGGAAAAUGAUGAGGAGCUUUGUCGCGUCAAGCAAGACUUUGAAUCUCUCAAAUCCUAUGUUAGUAGUCUCAUUAGCGUGAGAGAAACUCUCCUUUCAUCUGAAAAGCAGUUCCAGACAAUCGAAAGGCUCUUUGAACGGCUGGUCGCGAAAACAACUCAGUUGGAGAGCGAGAAGGCACAGAAAGAGGCUGAAGUCCAGAAACUCAUGGAAGAGAACGUGAAGUUGACUGCGUUACUGGACAAGAAAGAGGCCCAACUCCUGGCCAUGAAUCAGCAAUGCAAGCUCAUGGCACUUAGUGCUUUAAAUGGCUAGUCUGCCACACUUACACAGGCAUUUGUGCCCCCGCUUUUAUCACAUUCAACCCACCUGUUGGCCUUCCAGCAGAUUUAGGUGAGUGGAGCUGUAGAAUUCUGUAAAGGUUCCUUCUUUUUUUCUCGUGGUUUUAAUGGGUGAAACCCAAAUGCGUAGUCGUUUUAUGUUGGUUGGCUGAUUGGGCAAUUUGCCAAAGGAAAUUAAAACACCUUUAGAUCUGAUACAGAACUUUGUUGCAUCCUGUGUGAUGCCUGCCUGUGUGACAAUGUUCAACAAAAAGCGGCUUUUCGCCUUGUAGUAUAAUUGUUCAAGCUGAGUGUGAGAAUCUUUAUAAGAGGUCUGGUGCUCAAUGUUUCUUUC